UCUUUUUCAGAUGAGAGCGGUGAUUCAUGUUGUGAUGGAGAAACGGCCUCUACAUCAAAACAGCGACUGACAGCACAAACUCUUUCCUGCAUCACCUGUGGAAAGACAUUCAGUUCACAGAGACGUUUAGAGACACAUGAGAGAAAACACACAGAACAGAAACUCUUCACCUGCACCAGAUGUGACAUCAGCUUUCCUACCUUACAAGAGAAGAAACUUCAUUCACAAGAGCACAGAAAGGACAAAGAUUUUCACUGUGAGCAGUGCGGGAAGAAUUUUCUCUUCUCUUCUCAUCUGAAGGAUCACAUGAGGACACACACUGGAGAAAAACCUUUCCACUGCAGUCAAUGUGUCAAAUAUUUCAGUACCAAAGCAAAUCUUGUUGUUCAUCAGAGAAUUCACACAGGAGACAAACUGCACAAGUGUCCUCACUGUGAGAAGAGAUUCAACCACAAAUCCCAUUUAAAAAGUCAUGUGCAUGUACACAGCAAUGAGAGACCGUAUCAGUGCAGUGAAUGUGGAAAAACUUUCACUGAUACAGGUUGUCUUAAGAAACACCAAAAAAUACACACAGGGGAGAAACUCUAUAAGUGUUUAUACUGUUAUAAACCUUUUCUUCGUAAACUUCAACUCAUAUGUCAUGAGAGAACUCACACUGGAGAGAAACCUUACCUCUGCUCUUACUGUGGAAAGAGCUUCACUGAUUCAACUACUUUUAGAGUUCAUCAGAGAAUUCACACUGGAGAAAAGCCUUAUCACUGCAGUGUUUGUGAAAAGAGUUUUAGUCAACAUGCUAACUUACUAAAACAUCAGAGAACUCAUUCAGGUGAAAGACCUUAUAAAUGUUCUCAGUGUGACAAGACUUUUGCUCGAUCAGAUGUCUUCAAAACCCAUGAGAGAGUUCACACUGGAGAGAAACCUUAUCACUGCUCCAUAUGCGGAGAGAGGUUCGCUUUUUUGGGAAGUUUUCUCACUCACCAGAAGAAACAUGCUGAAGAACAAACUGCACUGGAUUUGUCUUAAAGCCCUUGUAAACCGAUCAUGAUGACAUGCUAGAAUAGAAACAAUAGAUUCCUUAUGUAGCCAUUUGCAUCAGGCACAAUCAUUUGCACUCGACAAAGCAAUUAUUUUUUCAACCAGUUUGCUGAUAUUUUUCCCUCUCCAAACACCUUCAAAUAAUAAUAAGCCACGACCUUAACAUUAGGACGGACUCCAUUGUGUUAGGAGAGAUUUACAGCAUUUCUUCCCAUUUUUUCGAAACAGUUUCAUCUUUAGCACUCUCAGGCCCAGAACGUAAAGUACAAUGUGAGUGAAGGACAGUGGGGUCGAUGGGACCAUCCUGCUUGGACACAUACAUGGAAACUGUUCCUAAUGUGAGUUUUUUUGUAUCCAGACCAUUUAUUGGCACAUUUGACCUUACUGUGUCCAUCCCAUCGUUAUAGUAACAGGGUGGACUAAUUCCAUGCAAUUAGCAUUUUAAAGUGAAGAAAUGCAUGUUUACUUUACAACCAAAUUUUCAAUGCUGAAAUUUUAAUAAAUUCCACAAGUCUCAUUUUACAUCGGUUUGGUCAACUCUGUUGUGAGGUAAUGCCUCAGCAGCCACAAUAUGUAAUCCUUCCGGUGAAAACCCAGCAACAAAACAGCAAACAUGUUAAUUGAAUGACAUUAUGAGACUUUAGCUUGGUUUGUAACAGGGUGGACUAUCAAGUUUGGACAGGCGCGGGUCACAUAUACAAAGGGGAAAAAACAGCAGGCAGGAGUCAAAUACUUGUAGAAUAAAAUACAAAUGGGUUACUUCAACCGGGUGUUUGCCAGUUAGCCUAUUUUGUAUUUUCUUAUUUAGUUAGAAAUGCAAAAUUUAGGUAAAAACAUUACAACAUCCAAUGCCUCAAAGAAUUUUAAAGAAUGUAGGAAAGCAAACAGUUAUAGGGCACCUUUGAGUACCAUGUUAAGUUUUUCUACUAUGGUAGUCCCAGAAAUGUCAGUUGCUAACACAGUUCCAAAUAUUUUCGUGGUGUUCAACAGAACAAAAAAAAAUUAUAUUAAAACAUUUUUUAGUUUUUGAACAACGUGGGGGGGAGUAAUUUCAUUUUUGGGUGGAGUAUCCCUUUAAUAAUAAGGUUCAAGAAAUCCAUUGAAAUUAUUUAUCAUUACUACCUAUGUUCCAGAUAUUAAAAAAAUUAAAGCAAAAACAUCUCUGGGUCAUUCUAUGAAAUUGUCAAUUUUUCUGUCCCUAGCCUAACACAGAAUUAAAUGCAAUAAUGUAUACAAUACAUACUGUAACUAUCAAAUGUAUGAUGUAAAUGAUAUUUUAAAA